CAUAAAAUAUCGUAACAUAUACGCAAAUUAUUGAUCAAAGUGUUAGCAAACGUUUCUUUUUUUGGCUGAGGUUCAUCUUUCACUCAUGUGCUAAGAAAAUUUGGAAAUAUGACUAAGAUAACCGGUAAAGUUAAACCCGACAAAAAGGGAUUGAGAGUGCUGCUCAAAAAGUUUCACGAACAGACGAAGAAUCCGGAAUGCUUCUUAAGCGUACAGACGACACGAGCGGAAAAGAUAAAAUGGCUAGUAAAGAAUUUGUAUGAUUAUGGUCAAAAAUUGAACACUGGCCAAGCAUUCCUAAAGCCUUAUCUGGAAGAGCUAGUGGUAGACGGAAUGGAUGAUGAACAAAUUUGGCAACAAUUAGAGCUGAAAAAUGAACAAUUACUCAAUCAAGACUUGUCGAAAACCUCGCUGGUUCUAUCGUUCAGUUCUAGGCGUACACAGCUGUCCUUCAGAAAAGCAAAUUCCGAUUGUGAAAAGUCAGAGGAAGAGAUUGAUGAGAAUGGUGGUGAUGAUUCUCAAACUCCGUCUCCCAGUGUUCCACGAACAAAGAAAAAAAGAAAAUCUAUAUCAAACGAAGAAAAAUUAGUUAAGCGAUCUGUAGUAGAUGAUGAAUUUUUUAAAUUGGAGGAUAUGGCGCGCUUUUUGGACCAAGAAGAUGAACGAGAAAGCAGGCGGCAGGCUGGAAAACCCGACAAGGAUCCUUUGAUUGAAAUCGAUUACUUUGAUGAACAUGCUGGAGAGUUUGACAACGAGGACGAAGGCAUGAAAUACUCGGAUUUUUUCGAUGAUGAAGAGUCUAGCGAGAAUGAAAACUAUGGAAGCGAUGAAAAUGAGAACGAAAACGAUAGCAUAGGUAAUAGUGAAGCUGAAACAAAAGGUCAAUCGGAACCGGAAAAUUCUGCAGAUGAAGUAGAAAAUAAUCGAAGGCUUCGAUAUGAGUUGUAUAAAAACUCGGGAGGGUUUAUAGAAAAUGAGGAAAAGAAACGUCAUGUAGUUCCUCAAUCGGAAGCCCGCAAUUCUGAACAUGAAAUCGAAAAACAGAAUCCACAGGACGACGACCAACCCAAGUCUUCUUUCGAAUUAAGACAAGAAAAGCUUCAACAGAAAAUACAAAAAAUGGAAGACCAAUUGCUACAAGAGAAGCCUUGGCAGCUUAAAGGAGAAAUUUCUGCUGAUACUCGACCGCAAAACUCUCUUUUGGAAGAGAUUCUAGAAUUCGAUUCCACCACUAGACCAGCACCGGUUAUUACAGAAGAAACUACACUGCGACUCGAAGAUAUUAUCAAACAGCGUGUUCGAAACAGAGCGUUUGAUGAUGUUGAGCGAAAAGUACGUCCGCCGGAGAAUCCCCGAGAAUAUCGCAAACAGUUAGUGCUGGAUUCAGAAAAAAGCAAACAAUCGUUGGCACAAAUCUAUGAACAGGAUUAUUUGAAGCAAUUGGAAAAGGCCAAUCCUAACUCGGAUCAAAUCGAAGAGGAAGAAUCAAAAGAACACAAAGAAAUUCGUUCUAUGAUGAAAACAUUGCUUGCUCAGUUGGAUGCUCUUUCCAACUUCCAUUAUACUCCCCGCCCGGCCGUACCUGAGUUGAAAAUCAUUACUAACACGCCAGCAAUCAACAUGGAGGAGGUUGCUCCGGUUGCAACUUCGGAUGCUGCACUUCUAGCUCCCGAAGAAGUUCAUAAUCGGCCUAAAGGGGACGUCAUGAGCAAAGACGAACGUACCAAAACCGACAAAAAUCGUGAGCGCAGACUGAAAAAACGCUUCCAACGAGAUAAAUUUGCAAAGCAAGCAGAAAAAGAACACCGCUUGUUGGAGAAGGGUGCACCUAUCAAAGCAAAGGACAUGCAAGAGAAGCUUCUCAAAAAGGUCACAAAGGCGAAGAACGUGGUCAAGAUGAGCGAAACGAAGGGAGUUUCCAAGUCAUCAACAGCCUUCUUCACGCAGCUGCAGGAUGAGGUUGCUUCGCAAGUAAAACGGAAGCUAAAUCCAGACCAAAAUAAAAAGAAAACAGUUACCUCCGUGCGGGCUACACACGUGAAACUGUAGAUAAUAGUAGUGCUUUGAUCAUUG